AUGGACGACGAUGACUAUGAAAUAUCUCAGGAGUACCUGGAAAAACUUUCCAGGGAGUACGCUGACAUCGAACAUCCCCUGUUUAUGGACGAAAUACCAAAUGAUAUAUCUAGCAAUUCAGAUCUGGAAGCUCUUUACGAGCUCCUAGCUCAGGGUGAAACGAGGGAUUCUAUCGCUAUAAGAUAUAAGGAAGUUGGAAAUGACUAUGUAAAGGAUGGCAAAAGAUUCUACGAGGCGGCGAUAUCAAGCUAUACCAACGGGAUUGGCGCGGAAAGUAAGGAUAAUUCGUUGAAUUCCGUCUUGUAUUCAAAUAGAGCCUUUGUCUAUCUCAGGAUUGGAGAAUAUGUAAAAUGUGUUAACGACUGUAGAAACAGUAUUAAACUAGAUAAAAGUAACACGAAGGCAUAUUACAGAGGUGCUAUGGCAUCGUUCCACCUCUCUCUAUAUAAACAGGCUUUAUUAUUUUGCUGUGAAUGUGCCAAAGUGCUAAUGGAAAAAUCAGAAUCAGAUUUUGACAAAGCUACACUACUAGAUGGAAAAAAUGUGCACCAAAUAUUGAUGAAAACAGAUGAAAAUUUUGGUAAUCUGCAUAAUGACAUAAUAAAAAGAAUACGUGAAGUUGAAGAAGAAAAACGGUUACUACAAGAAAAGGAGGAAAAUGAAAAGAGAGAAACUGGACUAACAAAUAACAAAAAUCUCGCUUCUAUAAUAAAAGCCAAAGGAAUUAAACUUUUACGGAAUAUAUAUAACAUUCCUCAAUCUCAAACAACACAUUUUUAUGAAAAAAAUGGAUCAAUCCAUACAUCAUCUCUUUUCAUAUAUGAUGAAAUGAAUAUCACGGACUUCAUUCAAGACUUUGACCAUUUUUCAUCAAUAGGCGACCACCUAGACGUCAUGUUUAAAGAUAAUCAAUAUCCCAUAUCUUUUUCAGCCGAUAAUGCCCAUGCAUACUACCAGAUAUCUGAAAACGAACUGUACCACUUUAAUAUUAAUGAACCAUUCGAAAAUGUGAUAUUGAAAACAAAAAUUCUUUUCAAAGUUGUGGCAAUUCAUAUAGUACAAAAUGAAACUGCGCUUAUGCAGUAUACCAUUAAAUAA